GCAAAAUUGAAAAAAUAACAAAGAACACGUAUUUUAUUUACCUUUCUUUAUAAAUUAAUAUUAAAAUGUUUAACUAAAAGAUCUCAAAAACUGUUUGCAAAAAUAGGAGCGUUAUUUAAAAACAAGAUGAAAAUUGCGGAUGCCUUAAGACGCUUAGAUGCUUAUCCAAGAACUUUGGAAGAUUUUAGUGUCCGGACAGUGUCUGGAGCUGCUGUUACCCUUAUUAGUAGUAGUAUAGUGUUGAUUUUAAUAAUUUUGGAAUUUUGGGCCUACGUAACACCUCAUUUAACCGAAGAGUUGUUUGUAGAUACAACUAGAGGACACAAAUUAAGAAUUAAUUUGGAUAUAACUAUGCACAAUCUAGCAUGUAAUUAUCUAUCAUUAGAUGCCAUGGAUUCUUCAGGUGAUCAGCAUUUGCGAGUGGACCACAACGUUUUCAAACAUCGUUUAGAUUUGCAAGGAAACCCUUUAAAAAAAACUGAACCUAUCAAAGAAAUUGUAGUCGUGUCACCAUCUAAUAAAAAUAAUUCAUGUGGCAGUUGCUAUGGAGCUGAGUACAAUAGCACACAUUGUUGUAAUAAUUGCGAGGCUGUGCUAGACGCAUAUCGGACUAAAAAAUGGAACGUACAAUUGGACAAAAUUGAACAGUGUAAAGAUCAGUACAAAAGAUCUGAUUUAGAUGCCUUUAAAGAGGGAUGUCGUAUUCAGGGACAUUUGGAAGUGAACCGAAUGGCUGGCAGUUUUCACAUAGCUCCGGGUAGUAGCUUUUCAUUGCGGCAAUUUCACAUACACGACUUCCAAUUUGCGGACGUUAAACUGUCACAUACAAUAAAUCACUUGUCCUUUGGCGACAAAAUUGAAUUUGCGAAAACCCAUCCACUGGAUGGCUUAGAAGUAAUUAGUGAAGGUGAUCCUAAAAGUGAAAUGUAUAAUUAUUAUCUAAAAAUUGUGCCCACCGUUUACGUAAAGGCCAACGAUGGGGCACCAACUUACACCAAUCAGUUCUCAGUAACGCGUUAUAAAAAAGAUUUGAGUAACAAAGAGCGAGGCAUGCCAGGGGUAUUUUUUUCAUACGAAUUGUCACCACUUAUGGUAAAAUAUGAAGAGAAGCAAAGAUCGUUUGGCCAUUUUGCUACCAAUUGCUGUUCGAUUAUUGGCGGGGUAUUCACGGUGGCUGGUAUUGUUGCGGUUUUCCUUAACAAUUCUUGGGAAGCCCUGCAACGGAAGUUGGAAAUCGGGAAACUAAGUUAACAUCUCGCAUAAACUCAGACGCACUAAUUGGACGCGCACAGAUUGGUGCUGCUGCUGUUCGAAAAAUAAAAAGUCUGUCAUUACAUUUAGUUUGGCUUCUGGAAAGCAUUCCUUUUUAAGAAAAUAACUACUAAUUCAAUAAUCUCGAUCAUGUAUCCCU